AAAUUGAAGCAAUCAGUGUGUACAUUUUAUAUCUAGACCAAUGUCAGCCACAAUCUUACAGGCAGUGAUGUGAGCAACCUUGCUUUGGGGUCCGGAAUGAAAUAAGCGGAAGAGCCGACAGACGAAAGACUCGGCGGAAGCGGUCUGUCAGGGAAGAAACAUUUUCAGAAUUUCACACAAAGAAGCCUAAGGAUCUAAAACAAAUUUAUAUUUCGAUUUAAACGUAUCCCCCAGUCCGCUGCAAUGAUUCUGCUAGAAAUCAACAACCGGAUUAUAGAAGAGACGCUGACGUUGAAAUUUGACGGUGCAGCCAAUGGGACUAAACCAGAGGCAGUGGAGGUGACAUUUGCAGAUUUUGAUGGUGUCCUCUACCACAUCUCCAACCCCGAUGGGGACAAGACCAAGCUGAUGGUCAGCAUCUCCCUUAAGUUCUACAAGGAGCUGCAGGAGCACGGAGCUGAUGAGCUGCUGAAGCGGGUCUAUGGGAACUUCCUGGUUUCACCCGAGGCGUGCUACAACGUGUCCCUGCUCUUUGACCUGGAUGCGGUCCCGGCCAAUAAGGAGGAAGUGAUCCACCAGGCGGGCAUGCUGAAGAGGAAUUGCUUCGCCUCUGUAUUUGAGAAAUACUUCAAGUUCCAGGAGGAGGGCAAGGAGGGAGAGACGAGGGCCGUGGUCCACUACAGAGACGACGAGUCCAUGUAUCUGGAGGCCAAGAAGGACAGAGUGACGGUGGUGUUCAGCACUGUGUUCAAAGACGACGAUGAUGUCAUCCUUGGGAAAGUAUUCAUGCAGGAGUUUAAGGAGGGUCGGCGAGCCAGUCACACUGCCCCCCAGGUUCUGUUCAGCCACCGGGAGCCGCCCCUGGAGCUGAAGGACACUGACGCCGCCGUUGGAGACAACAUCGGCUACAUCACCUUCGUCCUGUUCCCACGUCACACCAACGCCAACGCCAGAGACAACACCAUCAACCUCAUCCACACCUUCAGGGACUACCUGCACUACCACAUAAAGUGCUCCAAGGCCUACAUCCACACACGUAUGAGGGCUAAGACUUCUGACUUCCUCAAGGUGUUGAACAGGGCUCGACCCGACGCUGAGAAGAAGGAGAUGAAGACCAUGUCGGGCAAGACGUUCUCCCGCUGAGGCUGGUCCACACGCGCACUCUGACCCCUGGACACGUCCCCAUUCGUGCCACACUGAGACUCGACUCCACAUUGGACUGGAUCACAGGCCCAUAAAGCCCCGCCCAGCGCGUGUCCAUCCUGUCUUUUUUUAAAUAAAGUUAUCUCCUCUUUGAAUAAAGUUGUCUCUUAGUAGAAAUCGAGGCUGAAACAAAUAAAAAGGGCAUUCCUUGCUUUGCAUAGUUAAAAGAUAAUUAUUAGUCCUAUAUAAAUAUAUAUAUGAAAUGUUUUGAUAUAUCUUUUACUCCAUUUGGUACUCUUACCUUGCUCCCUCCCUGGUGGUGUCCAUAACUUCAGAACCCCUCCUCCCUCCCUCCCUGGUGGUGUCCUUAACUUCAGAACCCCUCCUCCCUCCCUCCCUGAUGGUGUUCAUAACUUCAGAACCCCUCCUUGCUCCCUCCCUCCCUGGUGGUGUCCAUAACUUCAGAACCCCUCCUUGCUCCCUCCCUCCCUGGUGGUGUUCAUAACUUCAGAACCCCUCCUCCCUCCCUGAUGGUGUCCAUAACUUCAGAACCCCUCCUCCCUCCCUCCCUGGUGGUGUCCAUUAACUUCAGAACCCCUCCUUUCUCCCUCCCUGGCGGUGUCCAUUAACUUCCGAACCCCUCCUCCCUCCCUCCCUGGUGGUGUCCUUAACUUCAGAACCCCUCCUUGCUCCCUCCCUUCCUGGUGGUGUCCAUAACUUCAGAACCCCUCCUCCCUCCCUCCCUGAUGGUGUCCAUAACUUCAGAACCCCUCCUCCCUCCCUCCCUGAUGGUGUCCAUAACUUCAGAACCCCUCCUUUCCCUCCUCCCUCCCUCCCUCCCUGGUGGUGUCCAUAACUUCAGAACCCCUCCUCCCUCCCUCCCUGAUGGUGUCCAUAACUUCAGAACCCCUCCUCCCUCCCUCCCUGAUGGUGUCCAUAACUUCAGAACCCCUCCUUCCUCCCCCCUGGUGGUGUCCAUAACUUCAGAACCCCUCCUCCCUCCCUCCUGAUGGUGUCCAUAACUUCAGAACCCCUCCUUUCUCCCUCCCUGGUGGUGUCCAUAACUUCAGAACCCCUCCUCCCUCCCUCCCUGGUGGUGUCCAUAACUUCAGAACCCCUCCUCCCUCCCUCCCUCCCUGGUGGUGUCCAUAACUUCAGAACCCCUCCUUCCUCCCUCCCUGGUGGUGUCCAUAACUUCAGAACCCCUCCUCCCUCCCUCCCUGGUGGUGUCCAUAACUUCAGAACCCCUCCUCCCUCCCUCCCUGGUGGUGUCCAUAACUUCAGAACCCCUCCUCCCUCCCUCCCUGGUGGUGUCCAUAACUUCAGAACCCCUCCUUUCUCCCUCCCUGGUGGUGUCCAUAACUUCAGAACCCCUCCUCCCUCCCUCCCUGGUGGUGUCCAUAACUUCAGAACCCCUCCUCCCUCCCUCCCUGGUGGUGUCCAUAACUUCAGUACCCCUCCUCCCUCCCUCCCUGGUGGUGUCCAUAACUUCAGAACCCCUCUCUUUCUCCUUCCCCCUCUAUGCUUCCAUGUUGUUUGUACCAUUGUCAUUGGAAAAAUAAACCAGUCUUAUAAAAAUCCUUA